AUGGACGUGAACAUGGACAUGAGCAUGCCUGCUACUUUCACCAGCAGCACUACAGUCACCCUCUUCUUCAGCGCCUGGACAACAACCUCUAUUCCCGCAUACAUUUUCACUCUACUCUUCCUCUUCGCCCUCGCCUUCUUUAAUCGCUUUCUCGCUGCCCUUCGAUUCCAGCUCGAGAGUCAUCCGUCCACUUUCUCGGUUUCAAUUCUCCCUGCGCCUCGGCCCCGUCGCCGAACCAUCCCAAAGGCGCGGCUCAGUCCGCUACCACGGUAUACCGCCAUCAAUGAUGCUGAGGAGCAUUUCCAGAUACCCGAGGAGCACAGUGGACUUGUGUCUGAGAAUAAACCCCAAUCCCACACCUGCCGUCGAAUACAGAACUACUUCCUCGAACGUCUUCCCCAGUGGACACCAAGUUCACCAUGGAGCUGGCGAGAUGGCGGUCUGGCGCUGCUGGAAGGGGCGAGAGCGUUUAUUGGAUAUAUUCUAAUGCUCGCGGUCAUGACAUUCAAUACAGGAGUCUUCUUUGCGGUGAUUGUGGGAAUUGUCGCUGGAGAGACGGUGUUGGGUCGGUAUAUGCGGCAGUCUGGAAUAUCGCAUGAUGGAGCUUGUCACGAUGGAUAG